AACCGUCUACACCGUAAACUGCCCGAUCGGGAAUGAAUAAUCUCGCGCAUAGGUGGUGCCCGACGUGAAGGAUUUGGACAUGUGACCAAGGGUGAGUGCAUCAUCGAGGUGCAUCUUCGUGGUGCACUGCUACUCGUAUUUCGCGCUUGAACACGUGGUCCCGUUCUCCAAUGCGUUUUUUCAAUGUAGCUGAAUGGACACCGUGGCCUGGGCUAAACGCAGCACAUGGAUAGAUAAUUUUUGACAAAGAGGAAACGUGCGGCAUGGGUCUGCCGCGUCUCUCCCUGAAGGGAUACUUUUUCUAUGUGCUAUGUUCGUCCGGUUUGUUGCUAGUUAUAUUGAAUCUACUACAGGACGAAAUAUGGCAUCGUAUGCGACCUCAUCCUGGACAAACGCAACCCGUUCGCGUUUCCGACAGCACCAAGAUGAAAGAAAGUUGGCCUGCAAUAUCGAAGAAACCGACAAUGCAGGUUUCGCAGACUCGGGGAAAAUUGAAGGAAAAGCUUCCAUCCGAGGUAUCCAACAUAACCGGCACGACGAUGUUAUCACGCAACAGUAUAGAAUCAAUGGACCCAUCGAAAAGACCUUGGUAUAUGAAAGGAGGGACCAGAAAGCCUUAUCCUGCCAUAAAAUCCCGUCGCACUGGUCGAAGAUUGGCGCGUUUAUGGCCCGACGAAGACGCUUAUGGCGAUCGUGUUACUAAUCAAUUAAUGUACGUGCCCACCGACUAUAAUAAAACCGGAAACGAUCGUCAAUUGAAGAAGAUAAUGGUUCCACAUGGUAUGCCCGAGGCGAAAGUUGGUCCUGAUAUAUUUCUUCAGCUUCGAUGUCCAGUUAACACUUGCACAAUCGUUAGGGAUAACGCUGAGGACGCAGACUUAAUCCUGUUUAAAGACUAUGUUAUGCACGUGGGAAGAAGAUCUCCGAAUCAAGUGUGGAUGCUGUAUUUUUUAGAGUGCCCUUAUCACACGCAGAGCGUGAAGAACGCUGUCAUCAAUUGGACUGCAACUUAUCGUCGUGACAGCGAUAUAGUCGCGCCCUAUGAAAGGUGGCAAUAUUACGACUCUAGUGUCACACAAAUACCGCAGACUUUUAAUUAUGCAGCCAACAAGACUAAAAAGGUAGCUUGGUUCGUUUCUAAUUGUCAUCCACGAAAUCAACGUAUGCACUACGCCAAAGAGCUGUCGAAGUACAUCCAAGUGGACAUUUAUGGGACUUGUGGUAGUUUACGAUGCCCACGUUCACAAUCGCAGGCAUGUUUUGAUAUGCUCGAUGAAGACUACAAGUUCUACCUCGCUUUCGAGAAUUCAAAUUGUAAGGACUACAUUACGGAAAAGUUCUUCGUCAAUGGCCUCGGACACAACGUCCUGCCAAUCGUAAUGGGUGCACAUCCGACGGACUACGCACGCAGCGCACCAUACCGUUCUUACAUUCACGUGGACGAGUUCGAGUCACCGAAAGAGCUUGCUGAAUAUCUGCAUCGUUUAGAUCGGAACGACGAACUGUAUAAUUCGUACUUUCGCUGGAAAGGUACUGGUGAAUUUAUCAAUACGUAUUUCUGGUGUCGCGUUUGUGCCAUGUUGCACGAUGAAAGACCGCCGAAAUUUUACAAAGACAUAAACGAAUGGUGGAGAGGCGAUGGGGUAUGUACGACGACGUCCUGGCGUGAACACGACUCGGCACGUGCAGGAAGCUCGAAGAAUACUUGA